GUGUGUACUUCAGAGAAAAGAUGGCAGGAAUUUUCUCCUAUGAGAGUUCAGAAAUCGACUGGUGUGAAGACAACUACAAACACUCGGAGCAUGUGGUGGAGUACUUCAACACUAUGAGCAACUUUAUAUUCUUCAUUAUAUCUCCUAUCAUGCUCUACCUUCUACACCCUUAUGCCAAAGAGAGGAACCUGGCAAUCCACAUGGUCUGGAUCUUGAUGAUAUUUGUAGGACUCUUCUCAGUGUACUUCCACAUGACUCUUAGUUUUGCUGGCCAGAUGUUGGAUGAGCUGUCAGUCCUCUGGGUGUUGGCAGCAGGAUAUUCCAGCUGGUUCCCCCACAAGAGGUUUCCUUCUUUUGUAAAAGACAGGACAACAUUUUCAAGGCUCGUCCUGUUGGUUACUGUCGUCACCUCGGUAUUAUCAUUUGUCAAACCUACAGCCAACGCCUACGUAUUGAACUGCUCUGGCCUCUAUCUGAUCUACACUUUUGUUCUUGAGAUAAGAUGCUGGACUGACCAGAAGGCUCUGCAAAUGGCCAAGCUGUUUGUGGCUCUGUGGAUCCUUGCCAUCUUUUGUUGGAUUAGUGACCGUAUUGGCUGCAGUUUUUGGCAGAGGCUGAAAUUCUGCUACCUACACGGUAUCUGGCACAUUCUCAUAGUGAUAGCUGUGGCCUAUGGCACCACCCUGUUAGCUUACCUGGAUGCCAAUUUGGAGAUACCCUACUCACUACCUGUUCUGCAGUACUGGCCAUGUGAUAAAUGGGCCAUUGGGUUACCUCAGCUUGUCCUGAAGAGAACAACCAAGACACAGAAACAGCGCUGCUGA